AUGUGUGACAUUGCUGCUCAGAACGUCUUUGGUCUUACCAUUAGCGCCGACUGUCACGAUGGCUUUGACUUCACCCUGAUAUCCGAAGAGAAUUUUUUCUUACCACCCUCUCUUCAUUACUCGGGAGCCGCUAUGAUUCAUCGGGAGACCGGUAUACCAGCCUCCACCCCGUGGCUCGCAUUGGCGAGUAUUCAUCGAAACCUACUGGAGCCUCUGGUAGAAGUAGCCGACUAUCCAAUCUACUAA